CUCAUCUGCCCCGCCGCGAGGGUUUGCCGUUUUCUUGCUCAAGUUUUUUGAAUCCAUGUUUUGCUUUCUCAGAAAACUCAUUCCUUCUAGGAGGCAUUUCAUCAACACAGCUUCUCCUUCAACAUUUCAACAAUUGCUUUGCGUUGAAAAUCCAUCGCUACCUGCCACUGCCAGGUACUGUAAUUCAAUUACAUUCAAUGCGCAUUCUUUCACUGUCUCAUAUCUCAUUGAUACAUGUGGCUUCUCACCCGAUCAAGCCGUUUCCGCUUCCAAGUAUGUCAACUUCCAAACACGAGAAAAACCAGAUUUGGUUAUCAAUUUCCAGAAGAAUCUCGGAUUCACAAAAUCCCAGAUUCUUCGUUUCACGAGUGAAGUCCCUCAGCUUCUUCGAUCUGACCCUGAGAAAACUUUACUUCCCAAGAUUGAGUUUUUCAUAUCCAGAGGCGUUUCGAGCUCAGACAUCCCUAGGCUCUUGUGUAGUUGUCCCAACGUCAUGAGAAGAAGCUUGGAUCAGCAGCUCAUUCCUUCCUUUGAUUUCCUUGGAGAUUUGUUUCAAUCUGAUGACAAGCUCAUUAAAGCUCUUACGUGUUUCUCGGGCAUUCUUCUUGAUGUUAACGCCCGUGCCGUGCCCAAUAUGAAGCUAUUAAGAGAAGUCGGAGUUCCUGAGUCAAAUGUCAGAAAAUUGUUGGAAUGGUAUCCUAGGACAUUAACUAAAAACACUGGCAAAUUCAAGAUGAUAGUGGAGGAACUUAAGGAAAUGGGUUUUGAUCCUUUAAAAUUUCAAUUUAUUAUGGCCAUCUAUGCGCUGUCAUCACUAAGCAAAUCUACAUGGUCAAAAAAGGCUGAUGUGUAUAAGAAGUGGGGCUGGUCUGGCGAUGACAUAAUUGCUGCUUUUAGAAGGUGUCCAUCUUGUAUGAAGGCAUCUGAGGAUAAAAUUGACGCAAUUAUGGGGUUUCUUGUCUACCAAUUGGGCUGUCCACCUUCCAUUAUUACCAAACAUGCAGUGGUUUUGUCACUUAGUUUGAAUAAGCGAAUUGUUCCACGCGGUUCCGUCUUUCAAGUUUUGUUGUCAAAGGGUCUGGUGAAAAAGGAAAGAUGGAUCAAAUUAUUUAUCUACACUGAAAGGGAAUUUCUUGAUAGAUUUAUACUGUGUCAUGAGGAGGAAGCUAGUGAACUACUGAAACUAUAUCAGUCUAAACUUGGUCUUGCAUAGUGAAUGAAGAAUGGAAAGAUUUUGGAUAUGGAGUGAGAUGAACCAAGUCCCUUGUCACUGCAGUUCUUUUUGUGUUUUUGCAGGAUAUGGUCUGGCGGAAAAGGAAAGCUUGCUCUCAAUGUUUGUUAUCACCGAAAUGGAAUCUUGAACAGAUGUCUCAAUGUUUGUUUUCACUGAAAUGGAAUCUUUGAAUAAAUGUAUCCUGUGUCAUGAGGAAGAAGAAGGUCGUGAACUGAACUCCUGAAGUUGUGUGAGGCUAAACUGGAUCUUGCAAGGUGAAUGAGUAUCGGAAAGGUUAAGUUUUGAAUAUGGACUGAGAUGAAGCAAGUCCCUUGUCAGUAAACUUCUUGUCUUUUGCCGUAUUAUCUUGUUAAUUUCCUUCUCUUGUUUUUGUUUGCUUUAAUUUAGCUUGAAUAUAAUGGAUCAAAUCUGAUCCUAAUUUGAUGCCAAUUCCUGAGUCUAGCAAGGUUGUCUGUGAUGCUAUGCAAUUCCUGUCAUUUUGUUUCUGAGAGGAAGAUAUUUUGAAGUGGAAGACUUGUGCAUUUUAGUUUAAAAUUAAGGGAAACCAUAACCAUUGAUCCCAUAGUUUUAACAUAUUUUGGUACAGGUCCUAUAGUGUUUUUGUUGUUGCUUCAAGUUCCUGCAGUUUAUCCUGUCUACAUCGUGAAUCCUUCCAUUUUUGAACCUGUCCAGAAAAACGUAUGAGCAAUGCUGUUAAUCUGCUGAACAAUAAUUCCAACUUGUCACAGAUUAACGGCAUUAGUCAUAUGUCAGCAUCAUUAACACUGUUAUUUGUCAUCUCAUUGUCUUUUUGGAGAUAUUAAAAAAUAUAGGAAUUAAUGUUACAGACGGGAUAAACUAGAGGAAUCUAGAGUAAUGAAAAAAAUCCUACAGAGACCUAUAUAUAUACUCCCUCUAGUCUUAUUUAUAAGACACCUUCUAGAUGUAAUUUUUGAUCCAAAAUAUAGGACACUUUGCAAUAAUUAAACUACUUUUUUUAAUUUUAUUAUUUCUUGAUUAAUGUGAAGGUAUUUAAUGUAGUUGUAUCAUUAUUUAAAAUUGAGGGUAAAAAUGAAAGUACAUAUAAUUUUUUUUAUGAUAUAAAGAAAAAAUAACUUUUCUUAAAAUGCGUGAAAUGGUUAAAAGUAUUUUAUAAUAAAGAUUGGAGGGGGGGUGUGUGUAUCAAAACAUGUUAAAACUUGUGAAGCUGCUGGCUGUUAUUCAUGGCCUUCACGUUUGCUGGACUUAAUGGGAAACACAUUGUGGAUAUCCAAUGCAACUGCAUUGAGGCCAUACUUUGAUCACCAAAGGCUGUGAUGAGUUACACCCUUUCAAGAAUAUUAUUGAUGAAGCACGCCUUUAAUACCAGAGAGAUUGGAGUUUAUUUAUUCACUAUGUUAAUAGAGACUCUUAAUUGUUAUGUUGAUUUUUUAGCUAAGUUGUCUUAUAGUUUAAAGUUAAUUUUUGUACCUUUGAUUAUCAUUCACCUCUCCCCGAGAGAGGCAGACGAUGAAAGUGAUCGCCUUAGACCUUUGAUGUUGUAAUUUGUUUUUUAAUUAUGAAUGUAUUCCUUCAAUAAAGAAAACACACGCCAAGCGUGGCUUCAUUAA